CAAUCAAUAUCAUGAAUGAUACAUGUUUAGUUAAUGAUCUUUACAUCUCUACAUUUACGGACAUUCUAGUUCAAUUGCCACUAAAAGUGAUAUGGACCUGAGAUGGCUCAUUCUUUCAACAACUCUUGUGGCAUCUAUACAAGCUCAGUUCACAGUACAACCAGUAUCAGUGGUACAGCCCCAAGGGCUGAAUGCAGUGUUUGAGUGUCGGUAUCCUGGAGCACAAAGUCGCAAUUGGGGAUUCAAUGGAGAGGUUCCUACAGAUGAUAGCUACCCACCCAAUGUGACUGUUACUCUACCAUCUGGUGAUACCCCAGCAACACUGACCAUCCCAGCUACAGCACAGUACAACAACACUGUGGUGCAGUGUGAGGCAGUGGUUAGAGACGGACGAGUGUUCAUACCUAAAUUAUCAGUAAAUGCUACCUUGCAAGUACAAGGUCCUCUUUCAGCUGUCUCCAACCUCCAUGCUCAGUCAUCAAGCACCAACAUCACAAUCACCUGGGAUGCUCCCUUCUCUCUUAACCUCACCACAGCUGAACCAGACAUACAAUAUUGUGUGGAUGUGUACGAUAGUGCCACUGGUGUUCUACUGCACUCUGAGUGUGGUAUUAUUGAGGAAUGCUACACCUAUUCCCCUAGCAACCCCUGCUCAAUGCAUGCAUUGUUGGUGACGCCUAGAAGCAAUCUUGACGGAGCUUUCAAUGGAAGCAUUGCACGGUUUCAGGAAUUUACAGUGCGGCCAGUAUCAGUGAUACAAGCUGAAGGCCUGAAGGCAGUGUUUGAGUGUUUAUACCCUGGAGCCCUGAGUCACAGUUGGGAGAUCAAUGGAAUGUACCCAGCUGAUGAUGCAUUUCCAUCUGAUGUAACUCGUACCCUACCGUCUGGUGACACUCCAGCAAGACUGGCCAUCCCAGCCAUAGGCCAGUACAACAACACUGUGGUGCAGUGUAGGGCUGUGCUCAUUGUUGAAAGAAAAGCACAGAUUGUGCCAACAUGUGAUGCUCUGUUAUUAAUACAAGGUAUCCAGGUUUUAUUGAACAUUACAAUUUAUACUUUGAGCACUUCAGGUCCACUGGAUUCUGUUACUGGACUGAGACUGGACAUUGUGACCUCUACUUCAGUGACUCUCACCUGGGAUGCUCCUUUCUCUCUAGACCUCACCACAUAUUGUGUGGAUGUGUACGAUAGUGCCACUGGUGUUCUACUACACUCUGAGUGUGGUAUUAUUGAGGAACGCUACACCUAUUCCCCUAGCAACCCCUGCUCUAUGUAUGCAUUGUUGGUGACGCCUAGAAGCAAUCUUGACGGAGCUUUCAAUGGAAGCAUUGCACGGUUUCAGGAAUUCACAGUGCGGCCAGUAUCAGUGAUACAAGCUGAAGGCCUGAAGGCAGUGUUUGAGUGUUUGUACCCUGGUGCCCUGAGUCACAGUUGGGGGAUCAAUGGAAUGUACCCAGCUGAUGAUGCGUUUCCACCUGAUGUAACUCGUACCUCACCGUCUGAUGAUACUCCAGCAAGACUGGCCAUCCCAGCCACAGUCCAGUACAACAACACUGUGGUGCAGUGUAGGGCUGUGCUCAUUGUUGAAAGAAAUGCGCAGAUUGUGCCAACAUGUGAUGUUCUGUUAUUAAUACAAGGUAUCCAGGUUUUAUUGAACAUUACAAUUUAUACUUUGAGCACUUUAGGUCCAUUAGAUUCUGUUACUGGACUGAGACUGGACAUAGCGACCUCUACUUCAGUGACUCUCACCUGGGAUGCCCCCUUCUCUCUAGACCUCACCACAGCUGAGCCAGACAUACAGUAUUGUGUGGAUGUGCACAGUGUCCCUAGAGGACAACUAGUGGAGUCAACAUGUGACAUCAUCGACACUAACUACACUUUCUCUACCAGUGAUCAAGGCCAGUUAGUGUUUACAGUGACACCAAGAAGUAAUGUGGAGGGUAGUCUCAAUGGAACCUCCAGUGAACUAGUCGGACCUCCUUUGCAAGCUAACGGAACAAUCACUGGCGGCCCUGCUAUUGAGUCUGCUCAACAACAGUUUACAAUAGCAGUGUCUUCAGGUGUGACUGCUGUGGUAGUUUUACUCCUACUCUUAGUCAUUGCCAUUUUAACAGCUGUUGUCAUAGUGAAACGAAAACAAAGGAACCACAAAGAUGGAAGAGUGGAUUUGUCAUCAACAUUGCCAAAGAUUGAGCAGCCUAACGAAGCUUAUGCUCCAGUGCUCAAUAAGAACAUUGCCUAUGAGCAGACACGGAUACCAAGACACAAUGAACACACCACCACCAUCGUCACCACGGUAGUAGCAAUGGAGGAUGAGAACACUGAGCCAAGUCAUGAGUACGAAGAAGUAUUACCUCAGGAACACGAUUGAGCGUCACCUCACAUUAUUACAUAAUGUAGUUGUUCCAAAUACACGUAAAAUAAAUUGUGGUUACAUUAGUGUUGUUAUUUUUCCGAAAAGUUCGAUAAUUUGAACCAUGACAACUGUGCCUCGUUCACA